GUUUGCUCAAAAUACCUUCAUUCCAAGCGCAACAGGUAGCUAGAAAUUGCAGAGGCAGACUCUGUGCCGUGUGGAUUUAUGGGAAAUGUAGUCAGCUAGGGUUACAGCAAAGCUGUAGUGCAGGUGUUAAACAGUUAGGUUCUUGGUUUAGCCCUAAACCGAAACAAGCAGCCCCCAGAUAACAAACAUAGUUUGAUUACUUUUAUUGGACUUCCAUAAACCAUAAAAGAUCAAUUUUAUAUCCCACCCCCGCUUUUUCGAUAAAGAUUAACCACACAUGCUGAUUUCAAUGAGUGAUGAGUUGAGUGCUUUCCAUAGAUAGGUUACAGAUUAGCUCUACCUGCUUGUAGCCGUUUUGUGCACUGAGCUGAUUCCUCCCUGGUGCUCCCCCCUGCGUGCAAGCCCCAUGCCCCCCUCUCAGCCUGUGAACCAUGUUAACAGCCCCUCUUAGCUUCCACCCAGCGGGAGUAACUCCCUAAUCACCUGGAGCUUUCCGAGGCAUAACAUUCCGGUGCCUCUCACCUCCCGCACGUUCGAGGUUCAUGUCGCCGUAGCGAAAGCUCAACGGCAAUCCGCAGUCUACCCCUCCCGCAGCCGUGAGGAGACCCUGCUUCACUCGGGGCAGCCCCUUCCUUCGCCCCCUGAGGUCAUGUCAGGUAUGAUGUCAUGGAGUAGCAUGGAGGCAUCCAUCGGGACCGAGAAGAGAUCAGCCUCUUUUCAUCUGUCACACCUCACGGGAGGCAGAUCGCAGAUCUUCAGCAAAGCCUUGCAAAAGUGACAGAUCUGCUGACGAUGUGCCAAGCUCGGACUGGGGUGGUUUCGACACGUUUGCUGGUUGAAACUGGACCAAACGACUCCUUUUUCCUAACGAAACGAGGGGAGAGUCCAUGAUAAAACAAGGAUGAUGUAAGUCCGGCUCCAGCUGCACCGGGUCCAUGAUCUCGCCAAAGAUGGUAGCAGCGCACACCUCUGCCCAGUCUUCUGCAUCUGCAGAAUGGAUCAUCUGCCUCGAUAAAAGGCCCUCGGAACGUUCUGGCGAAGACGUGGACAUCAUACUGACCCGCCUGAAGGAUGUCAAGGCCUUCGAGAGGUUCCACCCCAACCUCCUGCAGCAGAUAUGCCUGUGUGGAUUCUACGAGUGUCUGGAAAGGGGCAUCACCUUGUACCGCCAGGGAGACAUCGGUACGAGCUGGUACGCCGUCCUCUCCGGCUCGCUGGACGUCAAGGUCUCCGAAACAGCCAACCAUCAGGAUGCUGUCACCAUCUGCACCCUGGGAAUCGGCACAGCUUUCGGGGAGUCCAUCCUGGAUAACACCCCCAGACACGCCACCAUCGUCACCCGCGAGGUCUGUGAACUGCUGCGCAUCGAGCAGAGGGAGUUUAAGACCCUGUGGGAG